AUGAAGAAUGUCAAUGGAGAUAACAAUGCUCAACACAAUGCCCCAGGCGGAACAGGCCACCAGUAUACUGGCCAGGGCCAACAUAUUUAUAGCGGCCCUGAUAUGACAAUUAAUAAUAACGCAGCCACGUAUACACUUGAUUCAGACAAGUCUCGGGAGGAAAUCAUGCAAGCUCUGUACACGUCACCAUAUCGACAGAGAAAAGAUCGAAAUCCCGACCGCGUUACAGGAACAUGCGAAUGGUUUUUGAACCAUAUAGACUACCAUAACUGGCGAGACAGCACGUCUUCCUCGAUGCUCUGGGUAUCCGCAAAUCCCGGAUGUGGAAAGUCUGUUUUGGCUAAAUGUCUGGUUGAUGAGCUUAAGGCUACAAAAGAAAGAACCAUCUGUUACUUUUUCUUCAAAGAUGACUUUGAGGAUCAGAGAAGCGCUAAAAGCGCCAUUAGCUGCAUUUUGCACCAACUCUUUAUACAGAGAGAGAAUCUUUUAUCUGCUGAGAUUAUAAAGCGAUUCAAGUCUUACAAGGCGCCUCUCGCCAACUCAUACUACGAUCUUUGGGAGCUCUGGGACAUUUUAAUCAUGGCUUCACAAGAAAGAAAUGCAGGCGAGAUAAUCUGCAUCCUCGAUGCAUUCGACGAAUGCGAGAAUCAGGACCGACAAGGUCUUGCUAGGAUUGUGCGCGAAUUUUAUAUUCAAAACGGCACCAUUAAGCAGAAUGUUAAUUUGAAAUUUCUUAUAACUAGUCGCCCUUACGAUGAAAUCCGGCGGGACCUAGUUCCUUUCAAUCUUGAGGACGUCCCGGUUAUCCAUUUAAAGGGCGAUGGGGAUGUAGAGACAGAAAAGAUUUCUGGAGAGAUCAGUCUCUUCAUAAGGGAUAGAGUCUCGCGCGUUCGAAAAAACCUUGAUCUUACAGAAAAAGAAGAGGCGCUCCUUUUGCAAGGGCUUGAAGCCAUCCCGAACCAAACAUACCUAUGGGUCUAUCUCACCUUAGACUGGAUUGAAACUGAGAUACACAACAACAUCAGCGAAACGAAGAUACGCGACGCCAUUUCCACUCUCCCUCGAACUGUUGAUGAGGUUUACGACAAGAUUUUAGCCAAGAGCACAGAUGUAGCAGAAACCAAGAAACUGCUACAUAUUGUGGUAGCGGCUGAACGACCUCUGACUCUCGAAGAGAUGGACUUGGCACUAGCAGUUCAACAGCACCAUGAUUCCUUUAAAGACCUCAAGCAGAGACGCAGUGAUCGUUUCACAAAGUAUAUCAGGGACCUUUGCGGCUUUUUCAUAAACAUCACAAAUGGAAAGAUUUAUCUUCUUCAUCAGACAGCGAAAGAGUUUCUAGUCCCAACAGGUAAUUACGACUGCCAGGAAGAGAUCACAACACAACGAGGACACGUGUCUCAAGUUGAACGCCACAAGCAGCUGACAUGGAAGUCUUCACUUAUACCAUCGGAGUCCCAUCGAAUUAUUUUUAAAUCGUGUGUUUGGUAUCUACUUUUCAUCAAGCUCCAGGCUCGCCCUAUUGAGGUCAUUCCCGCAUCCGACUACAAAAGUCCUUUGGGUCAAUACAAAACAACACUUGGCAAUCACCAUGAAUCUGUGUUUCUUGAUUACUCUUCAAAAAGCUGGGCUACGCAUUUUCGUGCGUCAGGUAUCGAAGGAAUUGAGUUCAGAGAGCAGCUGCAGCAAAUUUGCAACGUAAAAUCAAGACUUUGCUGGAUUUGGUUCAGAGUUUACUGGGCGGGAAAACACCCUAGCGCUGCAUUUCCUUCCAACUUCACGACACUUAUGGUUGCCUCUUAUCUGGGAAUAGAAACCAUUGUCAGACUUCAGCUCCAAUCACCUUACGUUGAAGUAAAUGUUGUUGACGACAUUUUUGAGCGUUCAGCACUCUCUUGGGCGUCAGAGAAUGGAUUUGAGAACAUUGUGAGGCUCUUAAUCAAAGGUCCAACAUUCAAUCUUAGAAACAUUCUGAAGAAUGGUUUCCGCCCAUCGUUCUUUAAAGCUACAGUCGAUACCAAAGAUAUGACGAUGAGAACACCGCUAUCUUACGCGAGUAUUAAUGGCCAUUUGUCUGUUGUCCGAAUAUUACUCAAAGCAGGAGCCCGCGCAGACUUAAAAGAUCAAAUUGGAGGAUCGCCAAUAUCUUACGCUCUCUGCACCGGACGGCAGGAUAUAGCCAACGAAAUGACAACACGAGCUCAGGAAGUUUCAAUAAAUGAGAUUCGCGAUGGAUUACUUGUAUCAGCUGUCGCGAAUAGGCAUCAGCUCAUUGCUAAACGCCUUCUCGAUAGCGGUGCCGAUAUAGAAGCAGUAAACAGGAAUAAGGAAGCACUUCUCUUAACUGCCUCUCGGUAUAGGGAUACAGCUUUUGCUCAACUUUUAAUAGAAAGGGGUGCUAAUAUAGAAGCGGUAAACGAACAUAACGAAACACCUCUGUUUAUUGCCACUCUACAUGGGCAUAGAGAUAUUGCUGAAGAUUUAAAGGACAUGGGAGCUGCUGUGGAUUUACCAAAGGAAGAUGUUAGAUAG